CAGUAGUGCUGUGGUGUGAAGUGAGGUUAGUUCAGGUUGUUUUGGCAUGCGAUGUGGUGUCGUGAUCGCGAGUGUUGUGACAACAAUACUCAAUUCAGGAGGCAGUGGCUUCUGCUCCAACUGUCAGCUGAUAGAUCACAGAGAUCAGCGAACUGCAAGACGAAAGGCCAGCUGAGCGCGCCCCAUCCACAGUUACGCAUCAGCUGAUCGACGCCACAGUCAGCGCCACCUACAUUGAAACAAAGACUGCUAAAGUGAUACGUGAUACUAUAAAAAGUACCUGUUAGUUAUAAUGUGAACUGUGAUAACCGCCAUGUACAACCUGAAUGUAAGCGGUCCAGGAGUGGGGGGGAGCGGCCUGCUGUCUCUCCCCCAGGGGGAGAACUCCACCACUCCUCGCACGCCCGAAAUCCUCAACUCCCUCAUCGCUAUGACGAACCCCUUCGACUCUUCCUAUCGUGCGCAUGCUCCACGACUCGCCUCCUCGCCCCCAGGUGGCUCCGACACGUCCACCUCAUCUUCAGGAUCGCCCGGAUGUAUCUCACCUCCGAGUGUCCAACACACCUGCUCUCAGCUGAUCAAAGAAGGCCUCAAGCUGACCAUACAGAGCAAACGGCGUCAGAGCCAGCGCGACCCCAACAUGGAGGACCCCACCAAGCUGCCUCGGAGAGACGAGGUGAGUUGCGACGGCCUUGGGGAUGAUGACGAUGAUGAACCCUAUUCAGGGGAUGGGCUGACACCAGAAGAUGAAGAAAGGCGUAGACGGAGACGAGAAAGAAAUAAAAUUGCAGCGACCAAAUGCCGACUCAAGAAACGAGAGCGCACAGUUAACCUUGUACAGGAAUCAGAAAUUUUGGAGAAUCAAAACCAUGAUCUCAAGUCACAGAUUCAAGAGUUGGAAACACAAAGGCGGAGGCUGGUUGACAUGCUGUCCAUCCACCGACCAAGCUGCACCAAGCCUCAACAGACGUUCUCUGCAGUUGAAAGCACAGCCUUUCCCACCACCACCUUCCAAACGUUCCACCGAUCCAUGGAUUCCAGCAAUAAUAUGUUCAGACGGAUGAACAUGAACACCUUCCCUCGCAGCAGCACCUCCGUAGUUGACACCACCAUGACCUACCGCAGGGUAGAAAUGUCAAGUGCCACUUGCGUGGAGCCUUACCAAAGAAUGGAGACUGUUCUUGAAGACGCUUCGUACAGUCGACCUUCUCUCGACUCCAACGUCUACCACAAUUUUGAGUCUCAGGAGGUGAAGGAUGCUCCACUUCUUGUUCCCUACUGUAGGUCCACUGUGAGCAGCGUUGAGAGCCCACCUUCCUUUACAAGGAUCGGAGAACAGUACCCUUGCCAAAAUUUGACCAAUUUAGACCAAUUUGUAAAGCCUGAACUACCCUCGAUGGCAGGCUUCAGCCCCGUGUCUUCCUAUGGACGACCCUCAAACUUGGACCCUAGUUCUGUGUCGCCCAAUUACGAGGAUGUGAACAGUCCUAACCUGGCAUCAAACUCUUACCAGCAAUUUGAUGACGAAAGUGACACGUUCAGUAGUGGGUUCUCCCCCACCGGACUUGAUCGCAGUUGUAUCACUUAACUCUCUGGGUAGCUGAUGGUUUAGUUAACCACUUAAAUACUCUUGGACAUUGGUUAGUGGUCUCGCUGCCAUAAGUUACCUUAAGAUCUUCUUGUGAUCUUUUAUAUCUGCAUCAUUUUCUAUGUCUUCUUCUGUGUCAGUUUAGUGACUGAAUCAAAAUACUAUUAGUUUUAAACCAAACAAAAUGAAGCAGAUAAACCCAAUUGUUUUCCAACUCUUGUACCUGAAUUCAGUAAAGGACACUUUGAGUAAUGCCGCUUUGUGUAUUUUUGUAUAAGCUUUUUAUGUGUACAUGUACCAAAGCUCUUGUAAUAAUAUGAACUAAAUUUUAAUUUAAAUUUGGUAUUAGUACUUACACUUUAGCGGAUUUAUUUAUUUUUAAUUCUUUUUUGUUGGUUUUUUAAGUUAAUUAGUGAAACAAUUGUACAUAUCAAAGAGGUUUGCUUAUUUUUCAAGAAAUAGUAUUAAACACUGUUGAAUGAAUUAAUUACUUAUAAUUUUAAAUUACCAAUAUAAGUAAAUUUGUAAAUAUAUCUAUAAAAUAAAUAAAAGUGGUUCAGUGGCUUGAAUAAUAAAAACAGAGCAUAAUUACAUUUUAUAUUUUUAAAUAGCGGUAUAAAUGACCACUUUUUAAACACUAAACAAGUUGGAUUUAAAUAUUUUUUAUGUGUUUUUUUUCAAUUUAUGUCACAACAAAAACAGAGUUAUUGGAAUCUCCUCUUGGAAUAAUAAGUAAACUGAAAUGAAUUUAUAUGUUAUCAAUUAAUUGUGGGACUGUUUUGCCAUAUUUCUGCUUCUGUGUUCUACUUUUUCUAAAAUGUGAUAACUUAAGUAUUGAACUUGGUGCACCGUUAGCUAUAAGCACAAGUUUAUGUAAUGUGUUCAAAUGAACUAUUUUCAUAUUCCAUGUUGUCUUGUUAUGUAUUAUAGUUAUAGUUUUAUAUAUUGUUUGCCAUUUUGAAUGGAAUAUUGUGUUUAGAUACUAAAUAAUUAUUGUUUUGUGUAUAGACUUUUUGAACUACUACAGAUUUUAUUGUAAUCAUCUCAAGUUUUAAAUAUUACGUACAUAGUUCAAGGUUACAGCUUAUUGGCUUUAAUUGUAUUUCGUCUAAAAUUUAAUGAGCUAUCAAACUACAAAACAGAUUUUAAUUACACUGUAAAUUGUUAUUGUGCCUUUUAUUAUUAAUGUUAUGCAGAUUCAAAAGUUGUAAUGAAAGUGCUCAUUUGUUUAAAACGUGACUGCUGUACAGUACCUUCAAUUUAAUACUAGUAGCACAGUGUGAUUUUGUAAUUUGUGGAAACUGUGAAAUUUUUAUAUUGCAAAAUUAAAAUUAUUUUUUUAUAAUUUGAUAAACAGUUUGACUGUUAUUAUUAUCAAAAAAACUUAAUUUUGUUUGAAUAACAUUGUAUGUAAACAUUACAUCAUCUAUUGAAACAAGGUAUGAUAAUUUCUCACCAUUAAAAUUGUAAAAACAGGGUUUUUAUUUUAAGAUUUUGUUACCUAUGCAGAAUUUCAACAAAUUUUAAAUGCAAUUAAUUGAUAAUUUAAAUGUUAAAAACAAGUAGACUUUAACUAAUCAAAUUAAAAUACAAUUUUCCUAAUGGUACUUUCUAAAAUUAUUUGUCUAUUUCUUUAUAAGAAUUAUUACACAGAAAUAUUGAUAAUCUAAUACUAUUUCUCUAAUAACUAACAGAUUGCUACAAUUGUGGGUAAGGCUUACAAAAUAUACAGUUAAAAAUUAUUACUGUAUUUGUUAUCAGUUAGCUGAUAUAAUGUAACAAGCCGUGUAUUUAUAAAUACUUAGUAGUGCCUUUCUCUGAAAAUGAGACUUUACAGGGUAUAUAUUUUGAAUUGACUAAACUCAUGAGCAAAAUAUAAAAAUAUUACGAGCUAUAACUUUGAAAAUUGGUUUUUUAGAUUUGAUGAAUCAAAUAAUAAGUGCCAUAUUUUAAACUAGAGACAGUCUAUUUUAAAAUAACAUUUUGAUUGUAAGAAUUGAAAUUUUUUUAAUUAAAACUAGCAUAAAUUUGAUGUAUACCAAGUUAAUCAACUUUUAUUAGUAUUAAUUACUGUUUAUAAUUGUGCCAUAUUUGACAAAUAUGUUUUGUCCUUAUUAUGGAAAUGAUGUUUAAAUUUAACACAUAGUUUUAUUAUAUCUAUAAUAAAUGACAAAACUGUCUUAUUUUCAAAGGUACUUUACAUUAUAAUGUCCAAAAUGUAUUUCACUUGUUAAGAUUGAGCACAUGAGCACAUGUAAGCCACUACUAUUACUAUAUUAUUGGGACAUUGUUUAUCUUUGAUAAUAACAACAUUCCUUGAUUAAACUCGACUUUGCAAAUAUUUUUCAAAACCAUUCCAAAUAAAGAGAGGUUUCAGAAGAGAGAGCAAAAUCGCCAGAUACAGUAAACUGAGAAAGUGGUUUUAGUAUUUCGCAUGUUUGAUUUUAAUUGUGUAUGAGAAUUUGCUUUAGAUAUAUGUACAGAGGACUGUUGCAGAUUUUAUCUACUUUUUUAUAUUACUUUGUAUUGGUUUUUCUAUUACUUUUUCACUUUUUUUAUAAGCAUAAUGAAAAGUGCCUUUACUGUCACUUUAAAAAAGACAAGAGACAUUGUGUCACUUUUGUAAGUUCGUAAUUAAUUAUGAAUAUGCUACAAGCUCAUUUUGGUAUGUAAUUUUUAUUCACAGUAACAUUACAAUCAUUGAAGUCUCGUUUCUUUGAUGUUUUGUGUACUUUAGGUCAUUUUGGAAAAAAAAAGAAUGUUUGCUAUUCCAAGAGUUGCAUAACGCAGCAAAUAUUCUGCCUGCCUCAGACAGUACUACGCUUUUUUAUCUCUGCUCUCUUCCGUUGUGAUUAGAUGCCUCCUCACACUUAAUUGACGUUCAGGCGAACAAAUACUAGUGCAUACUGUAACCAACUCCUUUCCGAUAUCGCACAUCACAAACUAUCAGCAAUCAAAUGGAUGGCAAAGACAGUGUGAUUGCGCACUUAUGUGUAUACAUAUAAUUAAUAGUUUGGAAUUUGUAACCAAAAAACCUGUAUUUUCUAUGUUUGUGCUGCCCCUCACUAAGUAAAUGCUUGCACUAUUACAUGUUCGCCCUUACAGAACAUGCCUCCCAGAAGUCCAAUACCAUCCAUUUCUAUGAAAUCCAAGAUUUUUAUAAUUAGGCUAAUGACAUCCCUGAUUAGCUUGAAUCUUCGAGACCCCACUGUAUAAAAACCUACACUAAUAAUCUCAUCAGAAAUUUUUUUUUUUAUUUUGCUAAGAUUUGUUCAAGAUAAAUGUAGCAAAAUAAAUACCCAUAUAAAUACUAACCAAAAUUGCUCUUUAUUGUGUAGAUAUUAUUACUACAUUAUAAAGAUGCACCAUUUACAUUUCUUCUAAUUCAAGCAGCUAACUUAACAUUAAUCUUUAUGAUACUUUUAUAACAAUCAAAGAGUUUCUGUCAAUUCAGAAUCUGUCAACCAGUGUUUUGAAUUUCAACAUGUCAAAUGUGCUUUUAUUUAUUAAACUUUUUAAUGAGUGUUACAAUAAUCUCUGUUGUUUAUGUAUACAUUUUACAUUUUUAUAAUAAUUUAUCCAUAAAUAUGUAAAAAAACAUGAAAAAUGUUCCUUAAGAAUUAAUUGUUCUCUAAAAAAAAUAUUUUUAAUGUGAUAACCUAUCAAAAGAGAUGCUUUAAAAGCAUUAACCAAAUUAAUAAUUAAUUAGUUCUUAAUGUAAAAUGACCAAUUGCAUUUUUCUUGGAAUAAAGAUAUUGAAUUACAAUGUUUA